UUACAAGAAGUUGUCAGAAACUCAUUUUGGUAUCAUCUGCUGUGUUGUGUUUAAUUUUUUGGAGAGCACAUCUAUCUGAAUUUCUGAAGAGUGUAGUUUGUAAUUUUAAGAGUCUGAAAUAGAACCAUGAAGUUAGAGGUACCAGAAACCUUUGAAGAUGUGGCUGUUGAUUUUUCAAGGGAAGAGUGGAAGAUGCUGAGUGACCAGGAAAAAGAACUGUACAAGGAAGUGAUGUCACAAAACUAUGAGCACAUGGUAUCACUAGGAUACAAUAUCCCAAAGGAUCAGCUACUGCUACUGAUUGGAAAACAUGACAAACUUGUUCCUGAAUCUUUGGAAGGAGCAGACACCAUACCUGGAAUGAGUGUGUGUGGUGCUUCCCCACACAUCUGCAGGGGUGCACAGUGCUGCCAGAGUCCAUGUCAGGUGACACUAUGGAGGAAGCUUCCUAAUCCUAGAUGUGCAGAGAGCUUACUAUGGCCGAUGUUUGCUAAUGGGCAAAAGUUAAGUCCAACUGGAAAUAAGUAUAUUAAAUGUAUGGAUGAUUCUAUAAGUUUCAGCAAAAAGAAUAAUGUAGAAAAACGUCCAUCUCAUGCAAUAACCCACCGUGAGGAGAAGCUAAAUAAGUAUGAUACAUGUGACAACAGUUUUAAAAAGUUCCAGUUCACAAACCAUAAGGAAGUACACAAUGGUGAAAGAAAUGGUGAUAAAUGUUCAUCAUGUGACAAGGUUUUUGCAAAGAAGUGCAGUCUCAUAUACCAUGAAAAAACUCACACUGAAGGGAAGUUAUACAAGUGUGCAAUAUGUGAAAAAACUUUUAGACAGAAGGGUGGUCUCCUCUACCAUGAAAAAACUCAUACGGGAGAGAAGCCAUAUAAAUGUGAACUAUGUGAUAAGAGUUUUAUACAGAAAAUUCAACUCUUGUCCCAUGAGAAAACUCACACUGGUGAUCGGCCUUAUAAGUGUGGUAUGUGUGAUAAGAGCUUUAUAUUGAAAUGUCAGCUGACACAGCAUGAGAAAUUGCACACUGGGGAAGCACCAUAUCAAUGCACACUCUGUAAUAGAAGUUUUACAAGAAAGUGGCUACUAACAUGCCAUGAAAGAACACAUUCUGGUAAUAUGCCAUAUAAAUGUGCUACAUGUGGCAAGAGUUUUACAUGGAAAAAUGGUUUAGUGUACCAUGGAAACGCUCAUGCUGCAGAGAAUCCAUACAAAUGUGCAACAUGUGGCAUGAAUUUUAUGCAGAAGAGCUGUUUUGCAUACCAUAAAAAAACACACAAUGUCGAGAAGCCAUAUAAAUGUACAACAUGUGACAAAACUUUUACACACAAGGGCAGUCUAGUGUACCAUGAAAAAACUCAUACGGGAGAGAGGCCACAUAAAUGUGCAACAUGUGACAAGAGUUUUAUACAGAGGUGCCAGCUUGCAUCCCAUGAGAAAACUCAUACUGGUGAUUGGCCGUAUAAAUGUGCUACAUGUGAUAAGAGUUUUAUAUCAAAGAGCCACCUGACACAGCAUGAGAAAAUGCACUCUGGUGAGAAGCCUUUUGUGUGUGCAUGGUGUAAUAAGAGUUUUAGGCACAAGUCACUUCUAACAUCCCAUGAGAGAAAACACACUGGUAAUAGGCCAUAUAAAUGUGCUUCAUGUGACAAGAGUUUUACACAUAGAAAUAGUCUUGUAUACCAUGAAAAAAAACACACUGAAGACAAGCCACAUAAAUGUGCAAUGUGUGGCAAGAGUUUUGUAAUGAAGAGCCAUCUCCUGUACCACGAAAAAACUCAUAUUGGAGUGAAUAAUAUAGUCUACAUUAUAUUACCAUCUCCUAUAUACUGAGAGAGAUAGUCAUAAAAUACCAGGAUUUCCAAGCUGAAACUACAGCAUUGUUGGAAUUAUCUGGGAGUUUUUAACCAAUAAUUGUAUUAAUGGCAAGGCUGAUGAAAAUAAUUUUAAGGGUACUUAAAUAAACUACCAGUGCAUGUAACUCUCUAUGAACUGCAGAAGUGUAUGACUCUGGGCACACUGCAUGCACUGAGUGAAGUACUCUUGGCAAACAGCAAAUACUGAAGCAGUAACAAUUUUCUGAACUCUAAUUAUAAACUGACUAAGAAAUGGGGUCCAUUCCCCUCAUAGUAUUAAAAACCCAAAACUUUUGCAGGAAUUAAAAAAGAAAGAAAAGUUUUAUAUAUAAAACUUUUUUUCCAAGUUUACUUAAAGUUUCACUCCGUACAUGCAACUUUAUAUGAAUUACAAAGGAGACAAUUCUGGGUAAAUUGUGGGUACUGAGAAGAACACUCUUGGCAAACUUCAAAGAUUAAAACAAUACUGUUGUCAUGAACAAAUAAAAAUUGAAGUGAAAGAUCAACUGAAAAGUGAAGGGUUUAGUGUCGUGACUCGGAUACAGGCAGUUUGAUAACAGAAUGAGACCAUGAAUCCCUGGCAAAUGGUGUAGCACACAGAACAGGACACUUGGAAAGAGAGUACACUACAGACUACAGUUCUGGAGAUCAGUUAGGAUUGCAUAGAAGAUGGAAGUGCAGGGAACAGAGAGCCAUUAGGAUAUUUCAGCCAAGAAGAGUAUGAUCUAAGGGAAUCGUGCCUGACUUAACAGAAAAGGGCAAGUAAAGCUACAUGAGAGAAAGAGACUACGGAAAGUAUUAGAAGAUAAAUAAACAGGUGAACACAGUAAUUUGGACAUUUAAGAGACAGUUUCAUGAAAUGUAACCAUAAUAAACAGAGUAUACCACUGUGCUGCUAAUUAGUAACAAAGUACUACCAUAGAAAUGCAGAGUAACAAGCGAAAGGAAGGAAACAGGCAGAAUGACAUCGUGGAAGCAUCAAAUAGAGAGAACGAUAAAGCACUUAAAACAUGAAGUAUCACCACAUAACGAGAAUGAUAAAGCACUUAAAACAUGAAGUAUCACCACAUAACGAGAACGAUAAAGCAC